AUGCAAGUUUUCUUCAUUUUAUUUACCACCAUCAGCAAUAACACCAUCAACACCAUCACCAUCAACACCAUCAACAACAACACUAUCAACACCAUCACCAUCAACGCCAUCCCCAUCAACAACAACACUAUCAACACCAUCACCAUCAACACCACCACCAUCAAUAACAACACCAUCAACACCAUCAACAACAACACUAUCAACACCAUCACCAUCAAUAACAACACCAUCACCAUCAACACCACCACCAUCAGCAACAACACCAUCAACAACAACACUAUCAACAACAACAUCAUCAACACCACCACCAACAACAACAUCAACACCAUCACCAUCAACACCAUCACCAUCAACAACAACACCAUCAACAACAACACUAUCAACACCAUCACCAUCAACACUACCACCAUCAACACCAUCACCAUCAACACCAUCACCAUCAAUAACAACAUUAUCAACACCAUCACCAUCAACAACACCACCAUCAACAACACCAUCAACAACAACACUAUCAACACCAUCACCAUCAACAACACCACCAUCAACACCACCAUCAACAACAACACCAUCAACAACAACACUAUCAACACCAUCACUAUCAACACCACCACCAUCAACACCAUCACCAUCAAUAACAACAUUAUCAACACCAUCACCAUCAACCACACCACCAUCAACACCAUCACCAUCAACACCAUCAACAACAUCAUCGACACCAUCACCAUCAACACCACCACCAUCAACAACAACACCAUCACCAUCAACACCACCACCAUCAACAACAACAAUACCAACACCACCACCACCAACAACAACACCAUCACCAUCAACAACAACACCAUCAACACCACUGCCAUCAACAACAACACCAUCACCAUCAACAAGAACAACGAAAACAACAGCAUCAGCAACAACACCAUCAACAACAACACCAUCAACAACAUCAUCAACACCAUCAACACCACAAACACCAUCAUCAACACCACCACCAUCAUCAACAUCAUCAACACCAUCGCCAUCAACACCAUUGCCAUCAACAAAAACACCAUCAACACCACAAACACCACCAACACCAACACAAACACCAUCAACACCAACACCAUCAACAACGAAAACAACAGGCCUGGUAGUGUUAUAGCAGACUAUACAAUAAAUGCAACAUCCAGCAACCUUAAUUUUACAGCAGCAAACACAGCAGUCACUGAGUCUCUAAAGACGGAAGGAGUUGUUUUAUCUGAAAAUGCUUUUGCUCAAAGUGAUUUUGACUGUAGAGAUGAAGAAAUUGGACUUGGAAAUACAAACGAAGAAAAGACAGGAAUCUGUAGAAGUGGCUUUAAAGGCACCAUUAUUUACAAUUGUUCAAUACCUGUUUGGACACCAGUACAGGACAACUGUGUACUUGAAGUUAUCUUCAACCUUAAAAACAGAGUUGAGACAUUGCUUGUGGUGGAGAUUCCACAGUUUAUGGCUGAACUCAGUAGUGCCACAGCACAGAAUAAUGUUAAUAUAACACAGUCUCCUGCUACUGUCCGAACUAUUGUGGAUAUACUCUUUAAAAUUGCUGAUUUGUCACAAGCUACUUUAAUAAAUAGCAUUGUGAUGGAAAAUUACCUAAAAACAGUGAACAUCAUUGUAUCAGUUAAUGCCAGUGGUACAUGGAACAAACUGAACAACGGAAACACCACAGAAAACACCAGCAUUCGACUUCUGGACGCUAUUGAGAAGAUAAGUGACCGUCUCAAAGAUGAGUUUGCGAUUAAUGAAACAUCAAUUCAGCUGAAUAGAAUUACAAUUGAAAACUCAUUCAGUAUAACAUCAACACUGCCAAACUCAACUACAGAGAUUGUAAUACCACAGGUUCCUAAUGUGACUAUUGUAACUAUCAUAAUCUUCACAACUCUUGACAAUGUCCUACCUACUCGUGAUACUAGUGGUAAAAAUUACACUAAUAAUUCAUUUGUGCGCAUCAAUGGAGAUGUGGUUGUUGUUAAGGUGGACCAAACAAUUAACAACAUUUCUUUUACAUUUGACAUUACUAAUCAGUCUUUGGGAAAUCCUCAGUGUGUCUUUUGGAACUUCAAUCUUGACGGAUGGGAUUCCACUGGAUGUGAAGUAAAACCCUCAGCGAACCAAACAAGCAAGAUUACAUGUGAAUGCAACCACACAACCUCUUUUUCAAUCCUAAUGUCACCGUUUUCCCUUGGUCACACAGCCUUAGCCUAUAUAACUUACAUUGGUGUAGCUAUUUCAAUGGCCAGCUUGAUUUUGUGCCUCAUUAUUGAGACUAUUGUAUGGAAGUCAGUGUCAGGAAAUGACACGUCCUACGUGCGACAUGUCUCCAUGGUCAACAUUGCCGUGUCCCUGCUGAUCGCAAACAUCUGUUUUAUCAUUGGAGCCGCAAUCACAGAAAAAGAGCAGCCAACCUCAGUGGUUCGCUGCAGUCCAGCUGUUUUCUUCAUGCACUUUUUUUACCUGGCUCUUUUCUUCUGGAUGUUGAUUUCAGCACUGUUUCUCUUUUACCGUACAGUCAUGGUCUUGUCCCAAAUGUCAAGGUUCAAAAUGAUGGCCAUUGCCUUCAUAGUCGGUUAUGGUGCACCUUUGCUCAUAGCGGCCAUUACUGUUGCGUCAACAGCUGGAUCUCAAAAAUAUAUUUCCAAAAGCGCAUGCUGGUUGAACUGGUUUGAAUCAAAGGCCCUGCUGGCAUUUGUGAUUCCAGCUCUCACUAUUGUAGCCAUAAACCUUGUGAUUUUGAUUGUAGUCCUGUAUACGAUGUUGAGGAGAGGAAUUGGUGCUGCAACUCUACCAGAUGAGAAACAUGCCCUGGUGGUCAUUGCCCGAUGUGUGGCUAUAUUGACUCCCAUCUUUGGUCUAACAUGGGGAUUUGGAAUUGGAACCAUGGUGUCACCAGACUUUGGUGUUCAUGUGGUGUUUGCACUCCUCAAUUCACUGCAGGGAUUCUUUAUUUUGGUGUUUGGAACGCUUUUAGACAGCAAGAUCCGUGAGGCACUGGCAGGAAGGCUGUCACUUAGGAACCUUACCAGCUCUAUCCAUACCAGGAGUACUAGUACAGGACCAUCAUCUUCAAGCAGACUGGGUUUGUUUCGAAGGAAACGAAGGAGAAAUGUGUACAAUGUAUCUGAAGCCAGCAGUUUCUCAGCAGCAACCUCUUGAAACAUCUCCAGUGGCUCUGAUACUUUAUUGAAUACAUAAUCAACAACUUUAUUAACUUAAGUCUACAUCAUUAACAAAAAACAACUUCUCCAAAAGUGUUUCCUACAUUACAAAUAUAUGUAAACUGCAUUUUCUGUUUCUGGUUUCUGGGAAGAACUGUUCUGAAGUCCUUUAAAAAAAAAAUCAGAUUACAAUUUACAGAUUUGAUAUGUAAAUAAGGGUACAUUUUAGAAUAAUAAUGACGUGGUUUGUGGCAUGAUAAGAUGUGCUUUCAUAUGGGUCUAGAGCAAUAGCUUUGUUAUUUGUUUCGUGUAAUGUAUUUUUUGUUUGCCAUUUUAAAUGA